AUGAUAUACUUUGAUGAGGAGUCACAGUCGAUCGGCCAUUCUGCUGAAAAUACAGAGGUAUCUACUUCACCAAAUCUGGACGCAUUUUCACUAAUCCGAAAUUUGCCAUUUCAUGUUAUGAUAGUGCUAAACGAAUCAAAGCAAUGUGAUGUCAGUGGAAUUAGCGCAAGUGCUGCAAACUUGAUGUUUCUUUGUGUUGCACGAAGCUCUGAUUGGAAGUGUGGUGACAUUGAACUCGCCACACUUCAGGGCACACAACUCAGAGUCCGUGCGAAUUUAUUGUUCGGUGCUUUCGUGUUUCGUUUAAGACAGCUCAAGAAUACAACUGUCGACCAAAAUGAGAUUGAUGCGUUAAAGGCACAUGUUCCAAUAAGCAGUAAUUUAAAGCAUUAUCAACCUACACCAGACUCACAUGCAGCCACUCGGCAACAUUAUAGCAAUGCGGGUCAUUUUGCAAAAUUAAAAGGAUGCGAAAACAAACGUACCACGUAG